AUGUGGCGCCGGGCACGUAGCAAUGUUAUCGCGCCACAAAGAGCUGAAGCAGACGCUGUGCAAGCUAUGCGAGAACUCUACGCGUGGAGCGUGGCUGUGACUCAGUGCAGGGAACGUGAUGGCAUAACCUUGGGCGAGGGCAACACCCGUGAUUUUAUCACAGGUAUCAAUGUUGCUGAUGCAGCUGUGAGUUUGUGCCAGUGGCUUGGUGAUGAAUGGGCUUGUCAUCGCUGUGAUGAUAUUCUGCACGAUUUGAUGGGUUUGACGGAGACGGAGGCUGCAGGUGGCAGGUGGCAGAAUUAG